AUCGGAGCUGUCGUGCUGAGAUUGUUCGGACAGGGACCAUUAAUAAGUCUGGCAGCUGAGCAAUUAUUAUGAAUAUUGCGGUUUUGAAUGCCAGUCUGCUAGUGCAAAUUGAAGAUUUUACACACGAUACUCUUAUAAGUGCACCUAACCUACACAAUACUCUUAACAGGAGAUGAAUACUGAUGGAUUUGAAGCCUCGGAUGACAAGACGUUGAAUGUAACAUUAAAUGGGCUGCGUGUCGAAGAUGAGGAAGCUGAAGCCGGAGACUCAAAUCAGGCAACAAAAAUUAGAGAUCUUGAGAAAAAGAGAGAGGAUUACUUGGAGUGGCCAGAAUAUUUUAUGGCUGUUGCCUUUCUUUCAGCUAUGAGAAGCAAAGAUCCAUGUACACAAGUUGGAGCUUGCAUAACUGAUUCAAAUAACAGAAUAGUUGGUGUGGGUUACAAUGGUAUGCCUAUAGGAUGCAGUGAUGAACUUUUGCCUUGGGGAAAAACUUCCUUAAAACCUCUUGAAACCAAGUAUAUGUAUGUCUGCCAUGCUGAGAUGAAUGCCAUAAUGAACAAAAACAGUGCAGACCUUAAAGGUUGUACUUUGUAUGUAGCCCUCUUCCCAUGCAAUGAAUGUGCCAAGUUGAUUAUUCAGGCUGGAAUUAAACUAGUUGUGUACAUGUCAGAUAAACACAAAAAUAAACCAUCCACUGAAGCUUCUAAACUAAUGUUUAAUAUGGCUGGAGUCAAAUACCAACAAUUUGUGCCAAAGAAAUCCAAAAUCGUCAUUGAUUUUGAAGAAAUUGACUGGAACAAUAUGUCUGUUUAGCCCAACGAAAUCGUUUUUUAAAGUAGGUAAAAGAAUCUUAAGGUGUAAAAGAAUCUUCCUUGACAAAUCCAUUGGUUUCUGUAGUUUUAUACCUCUGAAUUGUAAUCUGAUGUAUUUGACCCAUUUAAAUAAUAACGGACUGUGCCGCAAA